GCGUCAUACUGGUAACAGUGCAGUGAGUUCCAGCCUCAUUGAUUCCAACCCUGUCCCACCAUUCCUUGGAUGUAAGCUUUUUUGGAUUUCAGUUCUUUCAAACUGGGUCCCGCCAGUGUCCUAAAUGGCCAUUGAAAGGGAGGAACAAACACACUGAGACGUCAGCUUAUAUCCCUGCGCAUGAGCAGUGACCCCAACGAAGACGCCAGGCUGUAGCCUGAUCGGGGAGACUUCGGCGCAUGCGUUCAGUUCGCUCUUUGCGGCUGCAGCCGGGAGCAUGUCGGCCCCGUUUGAGGAACGCAGUGGGGUAGUUCCGUGCGGGACGCCGUGGGGACAGUGGUACCAGACUUUGGAGGAAGUGUUCAUUGAAGUUCAGGUGCCGCCAGGCACUCGCGCCCAGGAUAUCCAGUGCGGCCUGCAGAGCCGGCAUGUGGCCCUGGCGGUGGGUGGCCGUGAGAUCCUCAAGGGCAAACUCUUUGAUUCUACAAUAGCUGAUGAGGGAACGUGGACUUUGGAGGACAGAAAAAUGGUUCGUAUUGUUCUUACAAAGACAAAGAGAGAUGCAGCAAAUUGUUGGACUUCUCUUCUAGAAUCUGAAUACGCAGCUGAUCCUUGGGUGCAAGACCAAAUGCAGAGAAAACUUACGUUAGAGAGAUUCCAGAAAGAAAAUCCUGGUUUUGACUUCAGUGGAGCAGAAAUCUCAGGAAACUACACUAAAGGUGGACCAGAUUUCUCAAAUCUUGAGAAAUAACAGUUUUUUUGUUUUGUUUUGUUUUUUGCUGCAUUCUGUGGAUCUUAGCGGAUGUUGCCAUCUUGAUCAAAGGAACAGAUUAUGUGGUGGAAGAAAAAUGUGGAUGCCUACAGUUAACAAAUUGCAAAAUAUAUUUAAAUAAUGGUUCUAAAAAUUGCAUUCAAAUGUGACUUACAUAGGAAACAUCUUAAGUACUGUGGGAAUUACUCUAUUGAUAUAUGGUAACUUUUUUUUGGACUUGUUUUUGCUCAGCAUGAAAUUUUACAUGCUGCAUUUUACUAAUUUCAUAUCGAACCUAUAUUUUUUUGCAAAAAAAUUAGAGUAUAGGUCAUGUGAAAUGACAGGGUGCCUUCAGACAAAAUUAGGUUUUUCUUUCAAUAAGUGUGAUGCAGGAAUAAUGUUCAAUAAACUUUUCUAAGUAGGAAUCCUGUACCCCUUUGUCUAAAUACACCAGUUCACACAAGGGAAUUACAUUACUGAAAAAAAUUUUAAGAAAGGAAAAAUCAAUCUACAGGUAUUUUCUAAGUUAAUUUUAGGAGUUGAUGAAAACUGAAUUAGUAUAUUAUUCCUUGAGAGAUGGCUUUAUGUCAAGAAACUGAAAAACAGGAAUGGCUUAAUACAAAAGAGAUUUGGUGAAAUGAGUAUGGUUAUGGGUUGAGUCCAUUGUUAGUGACAAAAAAAAUUACGGUCAGUGAUUAUAAGUCAUCAUUUUCAUCAUCACUGAUCCAGAUAAUAUGGGUAAGAAUUGUCUUGAAAUUUUAUUUCAGCUUUUUUAUCUCCUUUUUAAUUAAAAAAAAGUAUAUAUUGUAAGCAAUCUCAAGUGUAUAGAAAAGUUACAUGUAAAGUACACAGAAUUUUUUUUUAUUUUCCCUGACCUGUUUGUAUGUUCAUGACAGGAUGCCCCAUCACUUCUGAGUACUUUAGUGUGUAUUUCCUUGAAAGGACGUGCUCUUACAUAACUGCAAUACAACCAUUAAAAUCCAGACAUUAUCAUUGACACUUCAUGACCAUCUAAUCCUCAGAUCUUCAUUCCAUUCCAGUUUAACUGAUUGUCCUAAUAAUGUCUUUUACAGUAAAAUGAUCCGGUCAGAAUCAUGUCUUUCCUUAGUGUCACAUGUCUGUAAGGGUCUGCUUCAAUCUGGAAUAAGGCCUCAUUUUCCCUAACUUUUACAACCUUGGCACGUUGGAAGAUUACAGGCUAGUUUUGUACAACAUCCCUCAUUUUGAGUUUUGUCUGAUAUUUCUUCAUGAUUAAAUUCAGAUUAUGCAUCUUUGGCAGGAAUGUUACAGAAGUGAUGCUGUGUCUUACUGCAUCCUAUGAUGAGUUAAUAAUUUCAAUUUGUCCUUUUUUUGAUGAUGUUUACUUAGGUCAUUGAUUAAGUGAUGUCUGUCAGUCUUCUCCAUUGUAAAGCUAUGCUUUUUAUGUUUAUAAUUAUUUUGUGGAAGGUAGUUUCAAAAUUUUACUACCUUGUUUCUCAUAAAACUUUCAUUUUAUAUUUUUA